UGAACACAUCCUAAAAGUGGAAUUUAUUUAAUAAACAAUCCAAAUAAAUAAAUAAAUUAAAUAAAUGUAAAACAACGUAAAUCUUUGCUAUUACAAAUCAACGUAUGCAAAAGUUUGCAUCUUUCCACCUCUAGGGCGGAUAUAAAAAGUAUGAAGAAAAGCAUUAAAAUAGCACAAUUAAUUAAAUCAAUGAUAUAAUCGAUUAUAAGUUUAGUGCGCAAAGGUUACUUCCAGUAGCAAAUAGAAAUAACGUUCAUUAAAAGCAAUAAAUCCGUUUUUCGCCAAACCUCGCUGCGUGUGUAUAAAGAAGAAAACCCGAUUGUCUACAACGAAUUCGUAGUUGAGGAAAACAAAGUUCUACGAGUGAUUUGCAUAACAAGUCUACAGUAAAACAACGCGAUAAAUCUUCAGCUUAAUCAUAUAUUAACAAAUUGUUUCAUAAGAAUGAAAAUGCACUCAGCUUAUUGAUUAUUCAAACUUGAGACGUAAUAAAUGCUGCAUAUUUAAAGGCGUCGUUUUGUGCUCUUUAAGAAGCCGAAAAGUAGGCAAGCCGACCGAUUGAAAAAUCGAUAAUUGCGGCGUGAGUAUUUUGUGAUGCCGGCGAGCACAACAAAAACAACAACAAGAACAAGAAGAGACAAAAGGGGUGUAGCCAACUAAUAAGGUAGUAGGAAGAGUUGCCGAAACAAAGGAUAAGCAAAAAAGCAUAAACAAAGAUACAACGAUACUACACUCUAAAUGUCAAAAGUCAGCGAACGAGGACAACAGUGCAUGGCGUAAAUAAUCUACUGCCACCCACCCCCGUGCACUAUACAAAAACAAAAACUACCCCCCGCCCCUGUGUAGCGCUGCCCUAAGGAAGCAGCAGCAAAACCGCCGCCAUUAGACGUAAUACGAAUGCCAACCAGUUCAUUGUAGCCACCAUGCAGACGCUGCGCAAGAAAACGAGUCCCUGCAAAUAUCGCAAUGAUCCCGGACGUUUCUUUGGCGAUGGCGUGCAGUUCAAGGCCAAGUUAAUUGGUAUCUUGGAGGUGGGCGAAGCACGCGGCGAUCGCAUGUGUCAGGAGGCUCUGCAGGAUCUCAAGAUGGCCAUACGGGCUGCCGGAGAGCACAAGCAACGCAUCAUCAUUCAUGUGACCAUCGAUGGGUUGCGUUUGCGCGACGAAAAAACGAGCGAUUCAUUGUAUCAUCAUCCGGUGCACAAGAUCUCCUUCAUAGCCCAGGACAUGACGGAUUCCCGGGCAUUUGGCUACAUCUUUGGUUCGCCGGAUAGCGGACAUCGGUUCUUUGGCAUCAAGACGGACAAGGCGGCCAGCCAGGUGGUGCUCGCUAUGCGUGAUCUCUUCCAGGUGGUCUUCGAGCUGAAGAAGAAGGAGAUUGAGAUGGCACGCCAGCAGAUUCAAGGCAAAGCCCUUCACGAUCAUGCCAGCCAGCUGGCCAACUUGUCCUCCUUGAAGAGUGGCCACAGCGAGUUGGCAGCGGGCAGCAGCAGCAGCUCCUCCGCUGCCGCACAUGCUGCCAGUCUCAGCAUGCUGGGCGGAGGCGCUGCCUCCAAUGGGGUUAGCUUAACCCGACUGGGCGUCAAUCUAGAUGUGGCCAAGACAGCAGGUGCUGCAGCCAAGGAGAUUUCUCCGGAGUCUGUGGCCGAUCUCGUAGAUCUGGAGCAGGAGCUGACUUCGCUGCAGCGCGGCAUCAGUCAAAUGGAACGCAUCACGCCCAAUGAACCCAACUCCACACAACAGGGUCUGGGCAUGGGAUUGGCCAAGUCUGCCAGCGAGGAUGAUCCCUUUGGGGAUUCGUUCAUCUAUGUGCCAUCGUACAACAUCUUGCCACCGCCUCCCGAAUCGGGACGCACGCGUCACAAGCAAACGAGCAAAACGCCCGAGAAUCAAGCGGUUGCCUCCGCCCUGGAUGCCAUGUCCACGUUGUUGUCGCCAGCUGGCGGUGUCAGCGGUUCACCGGCCACGCUGCAGGCGGACAACACCGACGACGACAGCUGGCUGCAUGAUCUGCAGCAUCAGCAGCACGAUGUCUUCGAUACCACCAAGGUGUCAGCAACGCCCACGCCCAUGUCGGCGGCAGCUGUGCUCGGCAAUCUGCCGAUUGCGCCGCUUGCCGCACGCGAAUCUUCGGCAACGCCCACGCAACAAAUCAGCGAACAGCCGCCCGUUGCAGCUUCCACAAGCAACAGCAUCGAGGUGGGGUUAAGUGCUCUGGGCAGUCUCACAGCGGAGACAGCGACGGCUGCGGCGGCAGGGGAGGGAGGAACAACGAUGACGACGACGACGACGGCGGUCAUGUCGGAUGCGUUUACAGAUCUGGAUCCUUUGGGUAUUGGCCGCACUCGGCCGUAUGUCGAUAAGAAAUACUUCUUCCAAGAGCUUAAGAAUCCGCCAAAGAAGCUGCUCAAGGAGCUCGGCUCCAGUCAGGGCGACACUUUCGAUGACUUUCUCGUGGGGGGCAAGGAGAGUUCGCUCUUCGAGGAUGCCAACAACAGCAACAGCAAUGGUAACAAUGGCAAUCACAUCGGCACCACAGCAAUAACUACUAACACUGCAGCAGCGGCAGCAGCAGCAGCAACAGGAAACGCCGCCAGUUGCAGCCACAACAACGCAGCGACCACAACUAACCCACUAAUAACCACCGCCAGCUUUGGUCAACAUCUGCUACUAACAAACAGCUCCCGUUCCCAGCUUAGUCCCACUCCCCUCAGCAGCCAGCACCAAGCUCACUCCCAAUCCCAGUCCCAGUCCCACUCUCAAACCCAGACCCAAAACGCAUUCGCAGCGAGUCAAGUCGAUGACUUCUCGGCUGCCAAGCUAAAGCUAAUGCUGCGUAACGCCAAGCCAAUUAAUCCACAAGUCAACUAUUAUACCACAGAGAACACCACCACACUGGAGGAACAUCAGGAUGCCAGCAAUCCCGUGCUGUUGCCCCGCGACACGGAUCCGUUUUCGCCGACGCGCAAGAAGAGCGAUCCGGAUCCCUUCCAGGAGGGCGAUCUCUUUGCCAAGCUGGACGCCUUCGAGUUCGACACGCCGCAAGCGAGCAAUGCAGGAACUUCUAAUGUGUUUAAUGGACCACUCCAAGUGCAGCUGCCACCCGAGCAACAGCAGCAGCAGCAACAGGAAGGUUGGCAGGCGGACAUCUCACGCUUGGAACCCGCUCCGGUGCCGCAGCCUCUCAACAGCAGCGUGCGACAUCGUCCGACACCUGUGGCCAGCGUAGUCAAUGUGGGUGGUCCGCUCGAUGUCAUCUCGAGCAUCAGCAACAAGAAGAUGCCGCAUCUCUUUGGCCAGGCGCGUUUCUCCAAGCGUGGCGACUCCUCCGGCAGCGUUGGCUCCAGCGUCAACAUGCGUCGCUUACAGGAGAGCGACUCGCUCAGCGAAAACGAAGCAGCACCGGAGCCACCGCCACGUCCCGACUCCACUCCAUAUGCGGAACCGCCACCGCUGCCGCCAAAGAAACAGUUCAGUGAUCUGGUGAUACGACCCACGCCAGCCGCUGCGCCACCUGUGGGACGGUACGAGUACUUGAAUCAUGCCAGCAAUCAAAUGCGACGCAGCGUUGAUGCACCGCCCAUUCCGUUGCCGUCCCGACGUGUCGGACGCUCCGAUGGCAAUUUCCCGGGUCCCGGAAGACCUCGAAAGCCGGGACACACCGAGGAUGACUAUUUGGCGCCUUUGGGAGGCACGCCACCGCCGCUGUUGCCGCCGCCAACACAAACGGGCAGCAGUCGAGCGCGACCCCAGCGUCAGGCGUCCUUGGGUCGCCCGCAGGAUAUUUACGAGAACAAAGCGGAAAUACUGCAGGCGGCACAGGCUGCCCAGGCCAAGGAGUCGGCAGCAGCGGCGCUGGCACCGGAUAUUACGCUGACGCAGCUCCUUACGCUGGGCAUGGACGAGUUGGCGGUAAAGCUGAACGUGCCUGCCAGCAAGCUGAGCACCAUGACGCUCGUCCAACUCACCGCCUACCUGUCCGAGUAUCUGCAGUCCUCGAACAACGCAGAGCAGCCCAAAUCGCGAGCUAGUCCCGCUGCAGUUCCAUUACCGUCACCUGGCCAAGCUCCAGUUGCCAACUCAUCCUCCACGUCGGCCGUGUUCAAGGUGAACUUCGAUCAGCAGACGUCGUUUGUGGCCAAGUUCGAUGAUACCUUCGGUGAGGAUUUAGCACAAGAGGCAUUUGUGGCCAACUUUGCCAACUUCAAUGAAGCCCCUACACUGGCAGCUCCAGCAGUGCCAUCGGCAGAUCGCUAUGCAGUCUUCCGUGAAAUUAUCGAUCAGGAGCUGCAGCAGCAGCAACAGGAAACCGAUCUGAUGGGCGAUCUAACGCCUCCACCGGUGGAUGAGGUUCAGCAGGAGCAACAGCAGCACCAACAACAGCAACACCAGCAGCAACAACAGCAGCCGCAGCUGGAAUUAGAUGUAAUUGAGCUGGAACUGGAGCAGCCACCACCCAAAAUAGACACUAAGAUCACCGAAGUGGUGGCCCAGGCCAAGGAUCGCUAUGCCGCAUUGCGAGACAUAAUUCUGGUAGAGAAUCUAUUUGUUAAACCGCCGUCAAGUGCAGCACCAGCGGUGCCUGAAAAGGAUCUGCUGCAGGACUUAUUCAGCGAUGAGUUCAACGAAGAUCAGGACAUACGCCAAAUCAUGGACAGCGGUCACGAUAGACGUGGUCUCGUGGACAGUCGGGGUUUGCCCGCAGAACCCUCCUCUUCAGCACUCACUGUGGCGGACGACGAUGACGAUGAUGAUGAGGACGUUGGCGGUGAGAGCAGCAUGGACAGCAACGAAAAGGAUGCGGAACCAGUAAGCGCACAAGAUCAGUACGAAAAGCUGUCCACGAGCGCCGAUAAACCGGAGUUCAAGACGGAGGAACAGCUGCCACCAAAGCAGGACAACAAGUUCUUGACUGUGGUCAGCGGUCCGAGCUGUGUUGUGGCCGGAGCUGGACGAGAUGACAUCGAAAUCGAUGAGCUCAUGCAGCGCGCCAUCUCUAAUCUGUCGCUGGACUCCAGGGAUCGCAUCUCUCCCGCCACUUCUUCAGCGGCUCCCUCACGCGGUCCGCCGCAUAGUCUGCACACUCCUUCGCAGUUUAACGAUGUGAGUACUUCGCCCAUUCCGCUGCAGAAGUCGCCAGCGCCAAUACUUAAUGCUGCUGGUGUCUCACCGGUGCCAUCACAGCUGUCGGCUGUGUCUCAGCUGAUCGACACAGCCACAAAGCAGAUCCAAAGCGAACGCGAUCGGGAGAAACCUUCCUGGGCCACAUUUGACUCGCCCAAGGUUGGCACAGCUGGUAGUAUUGGCAAGGGCAAGGCUAGACUCACUUUGCCACCGCCGCCUGCCUCCAACACGUCGCAGCAGGAUACUGCGGAGUCACCCUGCAGUUCGGAUCCACGCGAUGAUGGCGGCGGCUGGUCGAAGCAGCAGCAGCAAAGACGCUGGGCGAAGAAGGAGCGACAGCAGACGUCCUCGUCCUCACGUGAUCUCAGCCCCUGGGACGACGACACCCCUGAGUAUCUGAAGCAACAACGACGUGGCCUGCCGCCGCCCUCGCAGUUGCCACCACAUCCCCCUGCACAUGGUUACUACAUGCGGCAUGCACGACGACUCAAUUCCUGUGACGAAGAUUACGAUUACGAUGCAGAGUUUUGUGCACGUCGCGAUCGGGAGCAGCCGCAGCGCAAAUUUAAGCAAGGACUUUCGCGCAGUCGCGACAACUUUGAUCUAGACUCGCCCAGUUGGUACCAUCAUCCGGCACAUCACACCUGGUCGCCACAGGAAAUCGAGCAGGGCGUGCGUGCACGUUCCUUUGAGCGCAGCGCCUACGAACGCUCCAGCUAUGGUCCGCCGGCACCCAUGUACGACAAGCGCGGACAGCCGCUGCCUCGGGAUCGGGAACGCGAAAGGGAACGCUCCAAGUAUCGCGAGCGUGAGUAUCGAGAGCGUAACUAUGAACGUCCUGGCUACGACUUUGACUACGAGAACGUCUACGACGAGCGACGCUCGCCCAUGGGCUACAAAGCGCGACCCGAAUAUCUCUAUGAACGCGACAGGGAUCGCGAGCGGGAGCGUGAAAGAGAGCGCAAGUCCUUUGAUCGCGAGAGUGUCGAAUCGUUUGAGAGCUCGUCGCGACGAAGACGCAGCUUUGGCAGCGGCGGCGAUGUCUACGGGAGUCUGGACAGUCGAGAUGAUUAUCGUGAACGGGAUCGCGAGCUAAAGACGCGCUCGUUGCGCAAACCCGCAACUUCUUCAGCCAAGCUGCGGGUCACCGGCGACAUUGACUACGAACAGGAUUCAGAGCAGGAUUUCCAAAGGCAGCGCAGUCUGCAGCGACCCAGUCAACUGGGCGGCGAUGUGGUGCCCGGUGCGCCACAACGUUUAAGAAAAAGCAGUGGCUCCAGUCCCUGGGAUGGCGAGGAACCCGCUUUGCCUGGCCAAAAAUCAUGGAAACGACCUGCGAGCGCAGCGGAAACGGAGCGUCGGCUGGCCGAGAGUAGACGAGCUGCAGCUUUGGCACAGACGCCUUCCGAUGGCGAAAAGGAUCGCAGAUUCCGAAAGAAAACUCGCGCCAGGAGCGCCAAGGAUCUCGCCUCGGUGGGUGUGCGUUAUGGCAGUGGACGAGGCGUCAGAGAUAACUAUGACUACAUUAGCUGUGGUCGCAAUGACGACGACGAUGAUGAGGACUAUGUGGACGACGAGCCGCCCACCGAUGAGGAUAAAUUCGAGCGCUUAAAUCGUCGUCGCCACGAGAUGCAUCAGCGCAUGCUGGAGACGGAGCGACGACAGCUGGAGCGUCAUGCGCCCUCGCUAGCCAAGCUGCCCGGACAGAAUCGAGCGCGUGGAGGAGGAAAUGGUGGUGGUGUGAAUAGUGACUAUGGCUUUGUGGACAGCUACGAACAGACGCCCACGCCACGAUCGAAUGCAAGCAGCACGGCUGUCAUGAUGAGUGGUGGCGAAUCCUCCGCUGGCGUUGGCGGUAAAUUCAAUUUCGAUGAUGGUUUCGAGUCAGACUUCAAUCAGAGCUCACCGCCACCAGCGCCAGCUGGUACCGCAUCAAGUUGUAAUUCCACGCCCGCUGGUCUGAUCUCGGCCAGCAGCACAGUCGGUUCGAAGUCACUGUUUCGCUUCUCCAACGAUUUCUCGGAGCGCGAGAAGCUGCAGCAACAGCAACUGCAGCAGCAGCAGCAACGCGACAACUUUGAGCUGGAGACGCCGCCGACAUCGACGCCACCGAUUACACAGAAGCUGCGCUUCGAUGACAAUGUAAAGGUGUCUCAAUUUGAUGAUGCUGCCUUUGAGGAUGACUUUGCCAAGGCCUCGUUCGACUUUGACAAAGAGCAAUCCUCGCCAGCUGCGCCCUCCACAUCGAGUCGCAAGCAGAAUAUGCGCAGCAGUAAACUGCAGCAACGUCAGGAACUUAUUAAGAAAUCCGAAUCGGUGAAUAUCUUUGCCAAGAAGCAGGAAGAUCCCUUCGAGGAUGAUGAGUUCUUCAAGUCACCAGAUGAGCAGCCUCAUGGCGGCAAGGAUGAGGACGCACACGAUGGUGUUGGAGGUGAUGGCGAUGGCGAUGUAGAUGCCAAUAAGUUUCAGUGGAACGAGGACAAUAACUUUGCCAAGUUCGAUGAAAACAUGUGAUUUGACCAACUCUUUGCCAAGGCAUCCUCCAACAGCAGCGGUCGUCAGCAGCAGCACCAGCAACAGCAGCCGGAGAGCGAUGUGGAUGGCGGCAACUACGCCGAGAUCGAUGUGCUCAACGACAGCGACCUCUUCUACUUGACCAAUCUCAAUCAUUACUAUCAGGAGCAGCGACUGCAAACGCUGCAGCAGUUGCAGCAGCACGACUACUGCAAUGUUCCGAUGCUGCCAGCGACGGUGUCGACCAAGUCCACCUCGACCAGUCCCUGGCAUGAGGCUGCUGACAAACCUAAGAGCCGCAUGCGACUGAAGCCAUUGCAGCUGCUGCGGAAGCCACGCAAAUGGAAACUGAAGCGCACCCUGGACGAGAUUGUCAAGUGUCUGAUUAUUGCCUCCUCGGAGCAUGUCUACAACUACGAUGUAUUGUGGUAGACGAUCUCCCCUGAACACUCUCUGAUAUUUUAGCUUAGUUGGUACACCUAUUCUCCAUCAUCCCCGCAACAAUUGUCUCUCCGUUCGUCUAGUCAAAUCAAAUUGCCAUAUGCCGUAUGAGAAUCCAACUAGUAAUAUCCAAAUUUUUUUUACUCAAUAGACUGUGAUUUUAUGUGAAAUCCCAUUGACCGACCUUCGACCUUUGUUGCGAUUCCAUUCGAUCUGCGCCACACGUAAAAUGUUACUAGCAAAUAUUGAAGUCCAAUUUUGUGUAAAUAGCGUGAGAGAUUUGCAAACAACAAGAAA